AUGAAACCAGAGGAGCUCCUCCGCAACCCCCUCCCCGCUCCGCCGCCCAAACUCACCGUCGGCUGCCCCCUCCUCGACCGCCUCCUCGGCGGCGGCGUCCCCUGCGAGUCCAUCACCGAGAUCGUCGCCGAGAGCGGCACCGGCAAGACCCAGCUCUCCCUCCAGCUCCUCCUCGCCGCCCAGCUCCCUCCCUCCCGCGGCGGCCUCGACGCCUCCGCCCUCUACCUCCACUCCGAGUUUCCGUUCCCCUCCCGCCGCCUCCACCAGCUGUCCUCCCACACGCCACACCUCCCCCGCGACCCACUCGCUCGCGUCUACGUCGAAUCCCUCACCUCCGCCGACCACCUGCUCGACGUAUUGCCCCGCCUGGAUCUCUGGAUCCCUAAGCUCAACAUCAAGCUCCUCGUCAUCGACUCAAUUGCGGCGCUGUUCCGUGGCGAGUACGACAACACCCCGCUCGAAUUGAAGCGCAGGUCCGGCGUCUUCUUCAAGGUAUCCUCGAAAUUGAGGCUCCUCGCCCGGAAAUUUGAGCUGGCGGUUGUGGUCACGAACCAGGUGGUGGAUGUGAUUGGAGGCUCGGCCGGCCUCAGGGUCGGGAAUGUAGGUUCCCAGUGCUCGUCCGGGAGGAGGGUCUGUGCGGCCCUGGGGCUGUCGUGGGCCAAUUGCGUGAACAUAAGGCUGUUUAUGUGGCGGGAGGAAGUGGGAGGAGGGGAGGAUGGAAGUUUCCAGAGUUUGCAGACGAGGAGGUUCGUUCGGGUUGAUUUUGCGCCCCAUUUGCCGGACUCAUCUUGCGAGUUUGUGAUCAGAAAAGAAGGGGUCUUCGGUGUUCCUUAG